AUGAAUGUAGACCUGAAUGCGCCAAAUCAUGAACUGCUUGUAAGACAAAUUUCCGCAUGGCGGAACGGACCCAAAGACGAUGUUUCCCCUAGACAUUUCACACCAUAUGUUGAUACCUUGUGCAAUUUCUAUCUCCGUCAUUGUCAGUUUGGGUCAUUGGCGAGCGGCGAUUUGAUUGCAUUCACGUUCCUGUGCAUCUGCCAUUACUUUAUAAUCAAUUUUAGCGCCUGGUACAACAGAAACCAUGCCAAUGCAGGAGAUGGUGUCUGCGACGAUGUUGUCUGCUCCUUUUACGUAGCGCACAUCGAUGGUGAAUUGUGCGAUAUUUUCUAUUUGGCGGAAUUUGCGCGAAGAAUACUUGUCUGA